CCCUCUGCUCGCUCGGCCAGUGGCUCAAUUUUUUGGGUCCUCGGUCAUUUUCUCACAUUUUUAAAAGACUCUGCCCAUUCCGAUUGCUGCCACCGCCAUCACUAUUACCACCACCCUCAUUUUUGUUUGUUGGCGCUACUUUUCAAGUGAAGCCAAGCAAAGAAAGCAAGAUGAUUUUAUUCAAGCCCUGGUCGCUGCUCACCGUACUGUGUGCGUGGGUAGCCUACCUAUCCCGCGACCAAUGCUGCGCGGUCGCACACUACCACACGCACGAACACGAACACACUCAUCACGAUGAUGAGCACACGCAUAAUCACGAUGAGCAUGAGCAUUACGAUGAAGCUGAAGCCUUGGCUAGCUUUCACCAACGCCAUUUGCAAGGUCGUUCGUGCGGCACACCGGAAGGCGACGGUGCGGAAACCGAGGCAUUUCGCGAGUGGCUUUCGACGCACAAGUGCACGCCGGACGAUUGUCCCAUUUUGGAACAAACGGCUUUUGAAAGCGACAUUGACAUUCGCGUCGUGUGGCACCAUAUUACUCAAGACGACGGAUCCGGCAACGAUUUGAGCUACAUUGAUGCCGCCAUUAGCCACUUGAAUGGGGCUUUCGGUGGUACGGGCUUUAGCUUUUCCCUACGUAGCUCGGAUAUCAUUACCUCCGCCAAUAGCGCCUGGUACACGGCCGCAAGUAGUACCUCUGAGGAACGUGCCAUGAAGCAAGGCGUGAGGGAGGGAGAUUGCUCCGUCUUGAACAUUUAUGCCACUGGACAAACGGAAUCCCUGGGUUGGGCAACCUUGCCUUCCUUCUGCGGAUCCAGGGAAUGGGAUGACGGAGUCCUCGUCUACUACCAAACUUCACCUGGAGGAGACUGCUGUUCUGGAAGAAACUACCAUGAUGGGGACACUCUGGUGCAUUUAGUUGGCCAUUGGAUGGGACUUGAACACACCUUUCACCAGGGAUGCUCUGGCGAAGGGGACUUUGUGGCAGACACUCCAGCGGAGGCGUAUGCAGAUACCGAGUGUGAUCGUGGCAGAGAUACCUGUACAGGUGCAGGGCAGGAUGGGGAGGAUGAUGUCACAAACUUUAUGAACUUUGGAGAAGAUUGGUGCCUAGAUCACUUUACCACUCUCCAAAUUGCUAGAAUGAACGCCUUGUGGGACACAUACAGGAGAACGGAUUCGCCCACGGAUCCGCCAGUCACUACUGCACCCGUCACAAUCUCGCCAAGGCCCACAGAUGCGCCCGUAGACACGCCCACGGAUGCGCCCGUAGAUGGUUCCAGUGGCGGCGGCGAUGAUGGAGGAGGAGGUGAUGGCAUUUGCUUUUCUCACCAAGCCACUGUUCAAAAGCUACUACCCAAACAAGACGACGACGAAAACGACGAUGAGCCACAGCCACCCUCCGUCACGCCCAUUACGGACAUUGAAUUGGGUGACAAAAUCUUGACGGCAUCGGGAGUCUACCGGCCCGUGUAUGCGUUUGCGCACAGGGAUACCACAACACCAGCCACCUUUUUGCGCAUCCACACGACAAUUUCCGAUAGUCAAGCACAAGAAGCCAACACACCGCUCGAAGUGACGCCCUUACACUUGAUCUAUCUCGACAACCAGGAUGCUCCCGUGACGGCCGAAUCUAUCCAGGUGGGAGAUACCAUCCAAAUGAUGACAAUGACAAAGACCGACGACAGUGGAAUCCACAAAUCUUCACUGGCCGUCGUGAGACAUAUUGAAACCAUUGAACGUCAAGGAUUGUACGCACCCAUGACAUCCGAUGGAACCUUGGUUGUGGAUGGUGUCGUGUCCUCUUGUUACGUGUCGCUGCAACCUCAUGGCGGCAAUGCCCAACUUGUGGAGAUGAAGUGGGGCACCACGUGGUCCUUCUUGUCCCAUCAUGCCAUGGCACACACGGUCACGACCGUGCCGCGAUUGGUCUGCAUGGGUGGCUUGUACCCCAAUUGGUGCCGUACGUACACGGAUCGCGGCGUGGCGCAGUUUGUCCAAGUCGCCUUUGAUUUUGCCGAGUUUUUCCACGCCCAAUCCACAGUGGGACAGUACUUGCUCAUGGUAGUGGUCUCGCUCGUCUGCGGUCCCUUGUACGUCCUGGAAUGGCUGUUGGGUGCCCAGAUGGCCGUGGUGGUUCUUGGAGUGUCGGGCUUGGCGUUGGUGGCUCGAUGGGUGUUUGGCAAGAAGUAUUGCAUGUGGAACAACAAUGGAACUAGCAAAUAGAUGGAAAUGGGUCUGGUGUGGGAAGAAGUUCUAUACAUGAUGAUAGAACGGAAGGAGGAUUUUGUCGGAUGAAUAGUGGCUAGUCGUAAGAUCAGAUAAGGAAGAAUGCAUUUUUAUGGU